GAGCUUGCCUAAACGUCACCAUACGUCUUUAAAAUCAUUCAUGAGCUUUGUCCCCAUCCCAGGUUUAAGGGUCACUUGCUGUGACCAUAGAAGCUUAACGUGCGUUUUGAGAACAUCAGCAUGCCUAAGUGCCCUAGUAAACGUUCUGUGUCAGAAUGGCGGAACAUUAUAGUGGAGGAGGUGGCCAAGGCAACAAGAACUCAAAAUAUGCUUCUUGAGAUAAGAGAGCGAGAGCGGGUCGUACUUGUCGCGUCCUUGGACCGUGAGAAGGCCAACCUGGACCGUGAGAAGUCCAGCCUGGACCGUGAGAGGGCCACGCUUAUAGCCUUUUUAGACCGUGAGAGGGCCACCCUGGACCGUGAGAAGGCCAACCUGGACCGUGAGAAGGCCAGCCUGGACCGUGAGAGGGCCACGGUUGUUGCCAGCCUGGACCGUGAGAGGGCCACGAUUGUUGCCGCCCUUGACCAUGAAAGGGUCGCUCUGGACCAAGAAAAAGAAAACCACGCGGUAACUCGUAAGGAGGCUAGGUCUGCCCAACAAGCACUACGAGAUGUUUUGGAUCGAGAAGCCUCAGCAAAAGUUCCAACGCCAGAACUUCAGAAUAUAUUUAAUGAUGUUGCGAAGAGAGAUGAUGAUCAUUUUCAGAUUUUACCACGGGAUAAGGUACAGCUGCAAAGGCUCAUGAUCUUGCUAAAGAGGUUACACAAAAGACGUUACGAAAAGGAGUCAAUAAACCUGCCUGACUGACUUAUCUCCUAUACUAUCUUCU